AUGACUGGUAGAGUCAUACGCCCUCAUCCCAAGUCACGAACAGGUUGUGCUACAUGCAAGCGUCGAAAAGUCAAGUGUGACGAAGAAUACCCCUUGUGCAGAAAUUGCAUAAAGAGACGGGUGGAUUGCGUUUGGCCCGCGAAAACCUUCAAAUUUGUGCACUCGUCACCUGAGGGCAGACGGGUCUCCUCUACCUCUCUUUCAACUGCCUUGUCGCGUCGACGGCCUAAAGAGAUCUCGAUCCUCUCUACUUUUCAGCAUCCUGAUGCUUCCUUUGUUCUUAGCGCGCGGACGUUGGAGCUGAUGCACCACUAUACCAGCACGGCGUGCUACACUCUCACUUUCGUCAAUGAAACCACUCUGGACAGCGUAUGGAACACUGCGGUGCCGAGAUUAUCCUUUAACGCCAACGGUUCUCAUCUUCUUCAUGCCAUCCUGGCGGUCUCCGCUCUUCACCUCUAUUCUGCCGACCCCACCAGCCCGACGGCCGGACGCUACUCCCAUGCGGCUACUGUACACUGCAACGCGGCCCUGGCGGGGCUCACCAUUCCCUCUUUUGAUAGCGCUAAUCUCAUCCCUUUCGUGUUCACCCUCUCGAUAGUCGUCAUAUACGGCUUUGCCAUAUCACCCCCUUCAUUGACCUCCUCCAACUCGCGGUUCCGGAACUGGUUACGUAUCCUUCGAGUCUUGACUAAAACAUGCCAGCAAUGGCCGGCCCUUCCGCAGGGCGUGACCGGCACGUUGGCCAGCAGGUUUCCACCGUCCCCCUCAGCACUGCUGUCGGCGCUGCCAAGCCCCAAGUCUGGAGACAUCUUUCCUCAAUUCCUGUUUACCCUCCCGUUCCCCACUCCGGGCGCCCCAGAUCCGGAAGAGGUCGCUGACGAGGAAGUGGCGGCGGACUAUCAGUGGGCUCUUACGUUGCUGCAGCUCGCUUGGAAAGCAUCGUUUAUCCCUCAGUACCAGGGAUACGCGCUCCUUGCGUGGUUCGCGGGCGUCUCAGACAGGUUUUUGACGUUCGUAUUCGAGCGGCGCCCGAGGGCCCUGUUGCUUGUGGCGCAAUACUGCGUCAUCAUGCAAAGUAUGGAGCAGAAGAACACAGAUCCGAACUGUCCUUCGUCAUGGUGGGCACAGAGGAAGAACAAGUGGGAAGGGAUUAUCACGGAGCUAAUGUGCCAGAUCGGACCACAAUGGACCGAGUGGCUGAGUCGGAACGCGUAG